AAAAGGAUCUGCCUUGGUCUCCUGUUUAAAUUAUGCGGUAGCUCUAGUUUCAGGGAGGCGGAAACUAUGACGUUUAGACACAAAAUAGACAUUUAAAGCGGAUACAUGGGAGGUGUGUAGGUCUUAAUUGCAGCAGAAAUACGGUGGGAAACGGGAGGAAAUAGGGUUUAUGUUAAAGUCGGGGUAAUCCAGAAAGUUGGGGAAAUCCUUUUCUCAGCAGGCAGCUGUGUCUUUCUCCUGCAGCAGAUAACUCUAACAGAUAAAUGUGGCCAAGCCAGGGCGUUUCACUACCGAAGGAGAUGCAGCUGCUACAGAACCGUUUUAGUGCCAUUUUGUACACCCUGAACAGCAACCCCAAGGUGGCACAGUUCAUGGAGACCCCUGUGGGCCGGUAUCUGGACGGCCACCCUUUCUUCGUCCUGGUGCUGCUGGUGUUUGGUGCCAUGGCGACGGUGCCCAUUGGCCUCUUCAUGACAUUUGCCAUCACCACCUUCAUUACCGCGUCCAUCGGCUUCGUCUUCUUGGAAGGGUUCCUGCUGUCUCUCGGGGGAAUUGCACUGCUGUGUGUCCUCUGUGGCCUGGCUAUCAUUGCCUUUGCUGUGUCUGCCAUCCUCGGUGCCUUCUACAUCACUGCCACCAAUGUGCUCAACUACUACUACAGCCAACGCUCUUCCCCCACGAAGCAGGACCCUGCGGGCAGUCCCUCAAGGCCAGACCCGGACUCCUCACCCGUAAGCCCCGAGCCCCAGAAACCGAAGGGGCAGUAGACCAGCGAAGGAGAGCGGAACCACCAAGCCUGCUACCCCAACACCGGCCCACGCCCGGUCUCCGGCCCCGUCCUCCAUGCGCCCGCGGAGUCCGCCCCCAAAACGUUCCAGCUCGCAGCUCUCGCACUUUCCCUUCCCCUUCCAGCUCUGAGAAAAUGAGACUAAUACUGUCCUAGCGUCUCGCUUAUAACCUGGUUGGAGUGAGCCCAAGUAGGAGUGGUAUUCCCUGUGAGGACAAAUGGAAAAACGAGCUCCAGUAGCGGGAAAGGGAGUCUUACCCCUGCGCGCCGCGGGAGACAUGGACGAGCAUGUUGUUGAAAGCUCUGUAGUAUGUUUCUGGAGAUGUUGUUUUUUUUUUCCCUCCUUUCAUAGGCAGUCUUUAUUUAUCAGAGCAACUGACUUUCUAUUUUAUUUGUAAUCUACUGCAAGGAAGUGCCCCUGUUUCUUGGGUUGCUCUAUGUUAUUUACACUUACGCAAGCAUAGUACUUAAUGUUCAUUUACCCAUUAGUACACAUGAUUUCACAUUAGAAGUGGAAAUAAUUUCACUUCCAGUUUUAAUUGAAUGUUUUGUCCUUGACGAAAUGGUACUAAUGCAGAUCUAACAUCAUUAAUCAACAGCACUUUAUAACUCUCUAAAAUGAAAACUUCUAUAUUGUUACUGCUGAAUCAGUAUUUUUGUACGGUUUUUAUUCACCAGCAUACUAUGAGUAUAAAUUGAGAAAAUAUUAUUGUAACUCUCCAGUGACUGUGGGGGAAAAAAUAUAUUUCACAUUUAAUGAAGUGAACAUUUGUCAUGCACAAACCUAGUAUUCAUCACUACACGCAUAGAAUGAAAUGCCUCUUUUUAACUCCUGCACAGCAAGACUAUAAUGUACGUGUUCACCUAAAAAAAAACUGCUCUUGCCUUCAAGGAUACUCUUAAUUGUUUAUCGCAGUAUUCCAACUACUUCAGUACACAUAAGGCGAGGUUUUUCUCAACUUGCUAAUUAAGAAUUUGCUCCCUUAUUCCUGACUAAACUGCUUUUUAAUAGGUGGUCAUUUGCUGAUGAAGAAACACAGGUGGGAAGGAUACUGAAUCAAAUAUUUCCCAGAGCGCAUCAGUGCAUUUUGUUAAGGUAUCUUUUACUUUUACUUAAGUCCAUUUUGUUAAGGUAUCUGUUCGCGAGGUGUGCUGUCAGCUUGCAUACCUGAAUGAGGGCAGUCCUGCAGCUCCCUAAUUACCACUAGGCUACUUUUUCUCUUUAACCUCUCUCCUAUCUAAAUAAAAGAAAGCAAUCUUGCACAAUCACAGUUUUCUCUUUUUGUGCGAACUGAACAUAUAUAUUUACAUGUAGUACGAGUGUGGCUCUGUCACAGACUUCAUUUUGUUUCCAUUGCAAAUUGUUUCCACUCUUUUUUUUUACAAAGGGUGAAAGCUAAUUUAAAAAAAGGUCCCCCAGUAAAAAAUUGAUAUAAAUAAGAGCCAAACUUACACAAAAACUAGAAGAAAGAGGUUUACUGCAGCACUUAAAUCAACGAUUCUGGAGUAAAUACCAGAUUACAUAUUCUGCAGAAAACUAGUAGUUUUUAUGUUGGAAAACAGACUGCCCCUGCAGAGUUUAAUACAUCCCUACUUGUGUCAGAAAGCCCCUUGAUCUCUAGAGAUGCUCAGAGAGAAAUUUGUUUCCAAAUGCCAGCUGUAAUAAUACAACUAAAAAUAAAACAUUAUUCGCGUUUUCAAUUGUU